GGCUCCUCCUGCUCUGCCUCGCCACUUCACCUCUGCACAGUGCAACAACAGCAGCAGCAGCAGCAGCCGCAGGAGGAGCAGCGUGCCGGCUGGAUCUCAGAGCAGCCUGCAGCGGCACACAGUCUCCCGAGUCAUUAACCUGUCACAUGUGGGAUACGCGAAGACAGACGGAUAUCAGCUCGUGCGGAAAUCGGAGGAUCUAGUUAGCUGUGUUGCUGAAUAUUUUUUUGACUGUUUUCUUUUUCUAUUUUUUUUUUUUGGAGAGCUUUUGUGUUGCUAGGGGAGAGAAAGUCGGAGCAGCCAUGACAUUUCCUCCCGAAUCUGCGAGAUCACUCAACAGCCACUUCUGACCAAACCUAAUUUAGCACACCAAAGAUGUCAGCGUGCAGUGACUUUGCAGAACACGUGUGGAAACCCGGAUCUUGUAAGAACUGCUUCCACCCGCUUAGCGCGCACCACAAGACUGUCGGCGGAUUGGGAGGCAGUCUGCCAGCCGCUUGUGUCAAGAGCAGUCUGGGAGGUGAUGAAGAAGUAACAGCACCUUCACCAUACAGCAAACCAACAAUCGCUGUCAAACCCACUAUGAUGAGCCUUGACACCAAUGAGUCCAUGACUGAUGUCAAUAUGAACAUAGAGCAGGAGAACACAAAGAGCCCAGUUGAGCGUUUGAGCCUGAAGAAGCUCUUGGACCUGUCGUCUCUUUACAUUGACAGUAAUGGCUGCAACAAGGCCCAUAGAGAAGCUGUUCUCCAGAGUCCUGAAACUAAGAUGGACUACAACAACUGCUUCUCUCUAGCUUCCUUAUCCCCCAACAUCUUGCCUAAAGACUCCAUGAUCAUCAGUAAUAUCUUUGUCACCCAAGAGGAGGGAAGAGGUUCUCAUAGUUUAAAGAAGAACGCCAGCGGAGAUGCUUGUCGACAGCAGAAUACAACCACCACAAGAACCAAGAGCACUUAUAAUGGAACUGGUGUGAUGGCAAAUCGUCAGGAGUCCCAGCAGGCCUCUGUGGAUAUACCUUUUUCUGUGGAUAUUGUCCCUUCCAGUCCUGCCACAGUUCAUAGCAAUGGUAUCAGCAGUGGGAGUACUGCUUUUGUUACAGCUAAGACAUCCAGCACUUCUCCCACCACAGCUUUAACUGUGGAUACAACUACCCACAAUCCUCCGCCAUCCCUGCUCUCUCCCUCCAUCCUGAUUAAACAGACUAGCUUGUCGGACUCCUCUAGUUCUUAUCGUAGUAGUACGGAUUCACUUCCUGGGGCAGAAGUGUCAGCGAGCCCCCAAAACCCACCAGCCAUGGGUAGCUCACAGUCACUUCCCAGCUCUCCGAAUGGACGACGAGACUCAGAACCCAUUUAUGCGGAGAGCACCAAGAAAAAGCGCAGGCCGCAAGGAAAUGAAGUGCAAUCCCAUCCUGAGUCCCCAGACCAGACUAAGAACUCACCCCAGUGCUCUGAGCUUGAGCUUUCAGGAGACAGUCAACGGGCCACCAUCACUGUAAUGGCCGCUCACACAGAGGAGAACAACAGGACUUUCUACCUGAGCAGCCCAGAUUCAGCCAUCAGCACCCAGUGCCACUUCAGCCCCACAGCACGUAAAGACCCCAGCAGCCCUGCCUUCCGCUGGCCUAGUCCCAGCCAUAGUGCACCUUCUUUGGCCACCGAGGCCACCCUGGCCCCAACGCUCCACCCCAAGCCUCAGUCUAGCCCGCCCAUUCCCCCGAAAAGAACCACCCGUUCUCCAAAGCUGGGUACCUCUAGCCUCUCACCGUCCAUGUCUUCUCCAGUCCCUCUUCCUGAGCUCCCCAAGCUGAGCACCUCCAGCCUCUCACCAUCCAUCUCUUCUCCCGUUCCUCUUCCUGAGCUACCCAAACUGAGCACCUCCAGCCUCUCACCAUCCAUCUCAUCUCCCGUCACUCUCCCUGAGCUUCCCAUGCUUUUCCUUGUCUCUGCUAAAGAGGGACACUUCAAGGUUCAUACGGAGAACCACAGCACAGCAGUGUCUGAACGUUGGCACAAACCCCACCACAGUUCUGGCUGGAACUGUCGCAUCGAGGAAGAAGAGGAGGAGGAGGAAAGAGAGCGGAAAGAAGGGGAGAAGAAGAAGCUGGCCAGCAACCCAGGGACAACCUCUCAAGUGACAGGCCUGGUCACUGGUGCUGCUGCCUGGAAUGAGGCCAGGGACUGUAAGGCCCCAAGCAGCCCCCUGUCGAUGACAGAGCCAGGCACGGCCCCCCCAUCUGACCCCAACAAUGGUGCCUGUCAGAGGGAGACUGAGGGCACCGGUGCAGAGGAGGAGGGCAAGCAUAACGGGAGGAUGCCGGCCAGGCAACCUUUGCAUGGCAGCUCAUCAGAGCUGCUGGCAACAGGGAAGGGAGCAGCCAACAAUGAAGCGAAUCCACCACCUCCACCACCUAAGAAACUGCACAGAGUGUGCAGUAAGAUGAGUGGCAGCAACAUGGAGCUGGACCGCUGCAGCCAACAAGGGUCGGUAGAGAGCCCUACUUCAUCUCUGCGGGGCCUGGGCAGUGUCAGCUUCCACGCUGCCUCAACCGACAACCUGACUGCUGACAUUGGUUCUCGGGAUGCUUCACGGAUGUCUUGUUCCUCUCCAUUUACCAGAAGUCCAGUGGCCUCAGCCCCAGGGUCUCCUCACCCACCCUCAUUUAGCAACUUAACUAACCAGCCACCUCCACUCCCAGAGAAAAAAACAGUCAAUCGCACCGUCUCAGCUCCCGAUAGUGCAAACGGAAAACCCUUUUUCCAAGCCUACCCACGCCUCCCUUUCACUGGCUCAGAGAGCAAUGUGUGUCGCCCUGUUGAUGUUAGCUCCCGGUCCAGUUUACCGUCCAGCCCUGUUGACCCGCGACCCAUUUUCUCUUCCAACGAGUCUCUGGAGCGCUACCAUGCCCUGCUGGGCCGAUCCUCGAGGUCCCGGACACUGGAUGAACCGCUGAAGACUCAAGGGCGCCUGGGUGUCCACUGCCGAAGCAGCGUCACCUGCUCCUCUUCCCCCCAACUCAGCGCACCCUUCUCAGCCUCAGAACCAGGUCUGGCACCAAAUCUGGGCUCUAGCCUGCAGCUCCAGACCCUUUUGAGUAAUAUAGACAGUAGGGAGGGAGUUUACUCCAAACUGGGAGGCCUUUAUGCGGAGUCUCUGCGGCGCUUGGCUCUAAAAUGUGAGGAUCACUUCACUCGCUCCCAGAAGAACCCACUUAAGUUCGAGGAAAGCAACUGGUCUCUGUUCAGACUGACCUCUAACAAGCCAAGCUGCAACGCAGGAGAUGCUGUGUACUACUCUGCUGCCUGUGCCUCAGAUCCCAGCAACUCGUACGCUGUAAAGAUCUGUAAGAGUCCAUCCAUGGAGGCCAGGCAGGGUCAUCUCUACAGUCUGUCAGUGCAGCAGACCAUGCCGCCUCACUUCAACCUCCAGCAGGACUGUGGCCACUUCCUCGCCUGUGUCCCUCAGAGCAUGUUGUCUUCAGAUGAAGUCUCUCUGCCCACCAAACCUGCCUCAUCGCUGCCUCAGCCUCCCACGUCUGCACCUGGCCAGCAGGCAGACAGAGAGCGAGUGGUUGUCAUCACCUCUGAGAUCCCUCAGCAGACAGCAGCUGACUUUGUUCGGGAGUUUGAUGCGUUCCAUAAAACUCAGCCAGAGGUCUAUGAGCGCCGUGUAUGUUUCCUCCUCCUGCAACUCUGUAAUGGCCUGGAGCACUUGAAGGAGCACGGGGUCACGCACCGCGACCUGUGCCUCGAAAACCUGUUGUUGGUGCCUCAUCACCGCAGGCCCUCACAGUUUCCCCAGCAGACAACCACUGACAACAGCACCGCUAAUGGUUCAAGUGGUGGAGACAUUCAACGUCACCUCCCCCGACUCCUAAUCAGCAACUUUGCAAAGGCCAAGCGUCGCUGCUCUGAGGAUGCUGCCUUGACUACUGUGGAUCCUCGCAUCAAACGCGACCAGGCCAGAUUGGCGCCUGAGAUUGUCUCAGCAGCCCAGUACCGUAAAUUUGAUGAGUUCCAGACAGGUAUCUUGAUCUAUGAGCUCCUCCACCAACCCAACCCAUUUGAGAUGAGUCCAGCUCUGAAGGAACAAGACUACCACUGUGAGGACUUGCCUCCAAUCCCCUCAGUCUCUCUUUACUCAGCAGGCCUCCAGAGGCUGGCCCAGCUGCUGCUCCAACCUGACCCCAUUAAACGCAUCCACAUCCAGGAGGCCAAGCGCAUACUGCAGAGCCUGCUCUGGGGUCCCAGGAAGGACCUGAUGGAGCAGCAGUGGGAGAGACACGGACAGGGAGGAGGCUUUGUCAGUGGAUCCCGACAUGAGGGCCUCCUCAAUUGGUUGGACGUGAAACGGGCCCUGCUGAUGAUGAAGUUUGCCGAGCGCUCACUGGAGCCCGAGAGGAACGCAGAGCUGGAAGACUGGUUGUGCUGUCAGUACUUUUCCUCUGCUCACCCUCUGUCUCUCUGCCAUACUGCCGAACUGCUCUACUCGCUAAAGUGACGGCUUACUUUAGCAUUAAAAAAGUGUGUGCGAGUUGAACUGAAGUAUUGCUUGAAUGUGUGUCAGAUCAGAACGACCAAUAAGACACUAUAGAUGAGUCCAGACAGUGUGAUCCUUUGGAGAUAACUGUGAACCUACCCACCUGUUUGUGCUACAGCUACAUGCAUGAGGAGCCACGCAUCAAGCUAGCCGUCCACUGUCAGUAUCCUGCUAGAGACUGUCAGCAAAGCAAAGAAAUAACCUGUGAAAAUUCUGCUGUUUUUAGAUGUUCUCCUAACAGUUACAGACAUAUGGACAAAAUCGCUAAAAACAUUCACUCACAGACUCAUGACAUUGAUAAAUACAUUGGUUUAAAAAAAAAAAGGAAGAAUAUGAAUAGUAUUCAUAAUCCUAUAAUACACUUACCAAAGUUUUAUGUUUGACACUGUAUUUGUGUGUAUUUAUUAAAAAGGACAUUUUACCCACAGGCUAAUAGUUCAUAACUGUGUCAGCCAGCUUUGCAGAGUAAUGCUUUGUCUACAAAAUGUGCAGCUAACAUUUGUCUGACAUCUUAAUAAAAAAUAUGAGGUCACUGGCACAGUCACUCUGUUGCAACUUUUUUCCGUCAUGUUUAUUCAUGGGCACAUAGUGCUUGUACUGUAUGUUGUGUAAAUAUCACAAAUUCAACUUUUCUUUAACCAAAUCGAAAGCCGCAGAAUAAUGUCUUUUACUCAGUGAAUACUGGUGUAAUUGGUUGGAAAGAACCGGGCAGGCUUCCUUAAGUCUGUGUCGUGUCACAAUCUUUGUUAGACAGCAUUGCAUAAUUAAGAAUUAUUAUAGGUGAAUCAUAAGCCAUACUGUCUAACCGUCUACCAGAAGUCAAUAGUAAUUGGAUCAACAAAACAGUUGGUGAUUGCUUCUGCUGAAUGGAUGCCAACCUUUUUCCUUAUGCUUGCUUUUAAUACAUAUUUAAAUGUUUUUACAUUUGUCGCAGUGCCUUUUUGUUCUUUGUGUAUGUUACCAUGUCUCAGAAGUCAAAUGUAAAUAUUGCUGAUCAUUCGUCCUUUGUGAAACUGGCCUUUCACAGAAUGUUCUAGAAACAAGUUUGUACAGUAAUUUGUAGAUGAGCCCAAGCAGGUCUUUAAAAGCCAUUAAUAUGAGCAGCAGUUAAAAAAAAAAUAUUUAUGAUAUAAUUUGUUAUCCUGUAGUAGUCACUGGAAUUUCUCUGUUUAUUUUCAUAUGUGAGUUAUCAAGGUACGUAUGUACCAGCUGAGCAGUAACUGGAGCUGUUUUUUUUCCUCCUGUGUCCCAUAUAGGAUGGAGGGAAGACAAUAAGUUAUCGUGUUUUUUUUCUCCAGCAAGAAAUUUCUUAUUAAAGCCCGGAGUAACAAGAAUUGAACAGCCUGCAUGCAGGUUUCAGUCCAGGACUGACUGAUUCUAACAUUGAAGAGAAGAACAAACAUGAUCAGAACUCACAACUAAUUCAUUAUUGUUUUGAAAUAUUUUGUGUGUGCCUCACCUAUUUGCAUCUAUCAAUAAACUGUGCAUAUAUUUUCUCACAGUA